GACGAUGUUUUACCAUAUUCUCUGCAUUUUAUUGUAAAAAAAAAAUACUCGAGCCUGCGAGAAAAUUUCGCUGUGUACGAAAAGGACUCUGAUUUCGGCGUGUCGUUGUGUUGGUGCUGCACACGGAACGAACACCAGGACAUGAUGCGUUGAUUCUGCGCAACAUGCCUCAUGUGUAGAUACUAUCAAAAUAUUUUAAGGAGACACUGUUAAGCGCCGUUCCCGUGUCCCGUGCAAAAAUCGUGCCGCCACACUCGACGGACUUUUCUAACAGUGUGAAUAUCGAUAAAAUUCUAGCUUCACGAUUUACGAUUCGACAAAGAUAUUUCAGUUCGUGCGCGUUUACAGUCAUAUUAAUAUCUCUCGCAAAAUUACAGUACUCAAAAAAAAAAAUAAAAUAAAAUAAAACUAAAAAAAAAAAUGAAGAAAAAAUGUAGAAAUGGUUAAUUUUAUUAUUUACGAAAAAAAUACUUAGCGACACAUCCGAGAUCCGUGUGUUUGUUGUGUUCCAGCUGAAAUUCUACGGAAAAUAAAAUCAAUUUUUGUGUGUGAAAAAUCAAAAGAAAAAAAAAGUGAAAGAAAAAAAGUUGAAUGAAAAAGCAUCUGUGAAAUAUUGCAAGGAACACGUAAAAAAACGAGUGAAAAAUGUGAUCGAAAAUUAUUUCAACGCGAAAAAAAGGAAAAAAAUAGCAAAAAAAAGAUAAAUUUAAACCAAAAUAACAUAAAAAAAAAUUUCUUCAAUUUUUUUGUUGUCCAUGUACUGGUUGGUGGUACUUUACUACACCAAUACACACACACACACUCACACAGCAGCAUACACAUACACACACAGCGAAAAAGGCAGUGCUCUGAGCUCUAAAAAAAUUAUUUAGGCAAAUCCAACUACUACUCUACUCUGCUCUACAACUCCGCUGUCGACACGAAACAAAAAAAAAAUUGUACGCGAAAAAAAAAUCGAAAGAAAAAUUAGUCAAGGAUGCGAUGAGGCCACUUAAAGCAGCGAGAAUUCGAAAAUGGCAUCACACAAAAAUAGCAGAAAAUCCUUCAUGGCGAAAUUCCCAUGAAAACAGCGACGACGACGAAGAUGUCGUUGCGAGCAAAAUGACAGCAGAUGAGGCAAAAAGGAGUAUCGGCAACAGUUGGAGGAGUUGUCGACGAGGCGACACGACAACAAAUACAACAACAACAACGUGUCAAUCAUCAUCUUUACUCAAAACUGGCUGUGUUGAGGUCGCCUCUCGCUUGUUCGCCUCUCUGAUAUCCACACCAACUUCAAUGUUAACGUUACUUAGCACAACUUCUACUUCUUCUUCUUCGACUCUUUCAAGUUCUUCUUCUUCUUCUUCUAUCCAUCAUCGUGAUCAUCAAAGUAGUCCUAAUAGAAUUAUUAUUAGUAAAAAUAAUAAAAGUUAUAAUAGAAAAAGUAAUAAUAAUGUAAUAACAUCAAAAAUUGUUCCAGUUAUUAUUGUGCUAUUACUUGUACUAAUAUUACCAUCGACAAAUUUGCUGUUAGUUAAUGCCGUAGACACAACAACGCUGCUGGCCAAUUAUGAAUCUGGCUACAAUGAUACAACAAUUACACAUGCUAAAAAUGUUACAAACAAUGCAACACAUGCAAAACAAAAGGAUCCCCUGUUCCCGGAGGACCUGUUCACGAUCGAGGAACGACGACGCGGUGCCGUUGUCCUGCACAUCCUUGGCGUAAUGUACAUGUUCGUUGCACUCGCAAUUGUGUGCGACGAAUUUUUCGUGCCUUCUCUGGACGUGAUUAUCGAAAAGUUGGGUAUAACGGAUGACGUAGCGGGCGCUACAUUCAUGGCGGCGGGCGGCAGUGCUCCCGAACUCUUCACAUCGGUAAUCGGCGUAUUCGUAUCCUUCGAUGACGUCGGCAUCGGUACAAUUGUCGGCAGUGCCGUCUUCAAUAUCUUAUUUGUAAUUGGAAUGUGUGCAUUAUUUUCGAAAACAAUAUUAGAAUUAACUUGGUGGCCAUUAUUUCGCGAUUGCACAUUCUACAGCGUUAGUCUGCUGACUCUCAUCUACUUUUUUCGCGACAACUCAAUUUGGUGGUGGGAAGCCUUAAUAUUGUUCGGCAUCUACAUUACGUAUGCCGUGUUUAUGAAAUGGAAUCAGCAAGUCGAGCGGUGUAUCAAGAAAAUCCUGUAUAAAAAUAAGGUGACUAGAGUUCGAAGUACGGAUCAACUUAUGCCGACUGCAAAUGCAGCAAACUCGUCCGAAACAUCCAUGGCAACAACGCAACCCGGAGGCUCGAUGACGUCACGCACAGCAUCUGAAACGAGAUCUGGUCCGCCAGGAACUAGCUCACAAGGUGCAGGUAGCUCGGCAACGGGCGCCAAAUUCCGUCACGGUCUCUUGCAACUCAUGAUACACACGAUUGAUCCUCUGCAUGACGAUCAAAUUCCAGGCAAGGUAGAUGAAAAGGCGACACAAUUACACGCGAUCGCCUCGUUAAAAGUGUUGCUAGAUGCAACGAAGCCCCAACGCGGCGCUGCAACAUCAUCAGCAGCUAAUCAUGUCAAAAUUAAUUUGAAAGAAACGACAUUAGCUGCCUCCGAUAGACCCAAUGGCAAUAUUGAUACGACACUUGAUUUGCCCGACAACGGCGAAGAAGAACCCGAAGCUCUGAGCAUGGCGUGGCCCGAUACAAAUCGUAAACGUCUAACAUACAUCUUGGUUGCGCCAAUUUUGUUCCCGCUGUGGCUAACGCUUCCCGAUACUCGUACUCCAAAGGGGAAAAAAUGGUUCCCCAUUACAUUUAUUGGAUCCAUAAUAUGGAUAGCCGCAUAUUCAUAUCUUAUGGUUUGGUGGGCGAAUGUUGCUGGCGAUACGGCACGAAUUCCUCCGGAAGUAAUGGGUUUGACAUUCUUAGCUGCUGGUACUUCCAUUCCGGAUCUAAUUACGUCAGUUAUUGUAGCUCGAAAGGGAUUUGGUGAUAUGGCUGUUUCUAGUUCAGUAGGCAGUAAUAUAUUCGAUGUUACAGUAGGAUUACCAGUGCCAUGGUUAUUAUACGGAAUAAUUUACGGUGAACCAGUUGAAGUUAACUCUGUGGGAAUGGUGUGCUCCAUUACGAUAUUAUUCAUGAUGCUUUUAUUUGUUGUCUUAUCAAUCGCGUGUUUCCGUUGGAAAAUGAAUAAGGGCUUAGGUUUAACAAUGUUCUUAUUAUAUUUUGUUUUUGUCGCAGUUUCACUAAUGUUCGAAUACGAUAUUUUGACGUGUCCAUUUUAAACGAAUUUUACGCAAAUUUUUGGAACGUUCAAUAGUGAAACGAGAAUUUUUUCCAUUUUUUUGAAAGCAUGCACAAAAACAUUUAUAUAAAUAAGUUGUUGAAUUUUAUGCUUUUGUUUUUUCAUAACUUUUUGUUCCGUUGACGAUGAUGUUGACGAUGGCCUAACUGUGACAUGACACCGCACACAGAAAAUUUUCCUUUGUACAAACAAACAGUCGAGUCAUAAAUUUUGUAGCAGGUCACUUUUUUUGUUCAUGGACCUGCUUUUUUGUUGGUUUUCAGUUUUUUGUCACAUCUGUCUGGAUAUAAAGCAAAAUUUUCUAAAUACGUGCGGUUUCAUGCAAAUUUAAGCCACUCUCAACCAUUGUUCCGUUCAUUUUUUUUUUUCGGUGAGUCAUAAAUUAUAUAAAUAAAUGAAUUAAAGACCUUGUUAUCAAGUCAAGUUUAAAUAAAAUGAAAAACGAUCGUACACACACGUGCACACACAAAACACAGAAGAAAAUACGUAAAAGUCGCUUCAUUUUAUAAUUUUAUUGGAUUCGAAGAGUCUGAACGGUGAUAAGUGUAUUUUCCCUUUUUUUUAUUAUUUAUUUUUUUUUCUCUGAUAAAUCAAACGAGCAACUCCCUGGCAUAAACAAAUUAUUACGUGCACGCACGUCUCUCGUUGUCGUCAUUCAGUCACAAAAAAAAAACACGAGAAAAAAAAAGAAUGAAUGAACAAGGAAAAAAAAAUAACAUUUAAUAAAAUUUCCUGUUUGUGACAUAGUAAAUCAAGACACGAGACAGUUGGAUAAACUUUUGACAUGUUUCAUACUCACACAUGAGACGUUCAUUAAAAAUAAAUAAAUAAAAAAAAACUGUGUCUAUGGGAAAAAUUUUGAUUCAUGUACGAUAUUGGCAUGACAAGUAUUUAUGGCUCGUUAUGGGGAAAAAUAUGUUUCUCACACACUUAUCAAAAUAUAUAUACAACAUAUAUGUACA